UAAGAACCUGGUCUCUGAGACUAAUCGACUUCUCAUGCCCGUUUAUCAGCGCAAGCGUGUGGCUAUCAUAGGAGGUGGUUGCGCUGGAAUCACGUCGUUUUGGGCCUUACAAAACUCGAUCCAUGAUGUGCAUCUUUUCGAAGCGUCUGCUAAUCUUGGUGGACGCGUGAAGACCUUGCCCUUUGAAAACCAUGAAUGUCGAAUCCACGUGGAUACGGAACCGUCGCUAUUCAACGAAGAUGCAUCCCAGAAUCUGCACUCCCUGCUUCAUUAUAUUGGACAAUCGGUUUUUCCCACGACACUGAAUUUCAGUACAUCGGCCGGCACAAGCUCCGUGGAGCUGGGAUUUGACUUGCUGAAAGAAAUAGUUCUCGACCCAGAAAUCCUAUGCAGAUUCGAGACAUGGCAGAUGUUAUUUAGUAUACUUCGGUUCAGAUACCUGGCCGUGGAUCUACUGCUGGAUAAGAAGCGUUUGAGCCUAUCGCCAUUGAAUAGAGGCCAAGAUGAUCAAUCUUCACUGAGUGUCGACGAGUACUUGGCAAACGAGGGCUUCUCGGCAAAUUUCCGUGACAAGUAUCUUAUUCCUUUGGUCUCGACUCUUUGGGGAACAGAUGCUGGUAGAUUCCUAGCAAGAUUUCCAAUCCGACCUCUUGUCCGCUCGCUAUUCGACCACCAACUGCUAUGUACUCCCAGAUCCACACCACGGUGGCAGCAGCUAGAUCAACCGGCAAGCCAAUUUAUGAAGACCAUGGCCAGGGACUUCCCUGUUACGAAUGUUCACCUCAGGAGCAGAGUGAUCGAGCUGAAGACGAGUGCCAAUCAUAAAGGACGCUUUGCAUUGACCACGUCCGAUAACAACACGGAGUAUUUCGAUCAUAUCAUUUUCGCGGUUGACAGUCAGGAAAUCCUAGACAUCCUCCGUCCAAUUAUAAAUGCCGAUGAACAAGAUGUUCUACAAGCUCUCGGAACGUCGACACAUGUCGGAGUUCUGCAUUCUGACCCUUCCCUCAUCCCAAAACCAACUUCAACAUAUAAUUACAUCACGGCAUCAGAUGUCCUGGAUGGACCCAUACAUAUAUCCCCAUCCUCCAAGUCUAACGGUCCCACGAAAGCCUGUCUUACAUACAACAUCAACACUCUCCGAUAUGUCCCAGAAACCAUCUUCGGCCGAGUUGCCAUCAGUAAAGACCCAUUUACCCCUCCCCAUCCUACUUUUGUCCAGGGCGUCUGGGAAUACACCUCCUCACCCAGCCUCAACGCGAGGACGCCUCACGCCGUUUCUAGACUGCCCUCCAUCCAGAAUAAGAGGGGUAUCAGCUACUGUCUCUGCUGGACAGGCUGCGGAGUCUGGGAAGAUGCCGUCACGAGCGGCCUUAUGGUUGCCGUUGAGCACCUUGGUGCGAGGGUACCAUUUCCUGUUGAUAGACAUGGUGAUGGUGAUGCAGCGAGCGCGGAAGGUAAGGAGAUCUGCGCUGAUCUACGUUUGAGGGACCAUGGGAUCAGGACUGUUUUGAGAGUCAUCUAUGUUUGCAUUUUAUUGGCCCAGGUUGUUUUAUAUCUUGGUUUGUUGGGGAUUAGUCGGCUUCCUGGGAGGGGAGUGAGGAGGCUUCUUUUCGGGGAGAAGAUUUUGUAGAUAGUUAUUAUCUAGUCAAUAUUAAUGGUAUACCAUGUAAAAG